CAACAGGUUCAGGGACCAUACAACUUCAUGCAGGACUCCAUGCUUGAUUUUGAUGGACAGUCUCUUGAUCCGGCAAUUUUAUAGGCACAACCUAUGAAACCAGUCCCUAGUAUGGAAAUGCAGCCGAUGGUGUUUCAACCAGCUCACCCUGAGUCUCGUCUUGCCCUGUCUCCUGCUGUUGGCGUUCAUCCUGAACCCACACAAAUCCCCAUGGUUUCUUUAUCACCAGAAACCUUCUCCACACCACCUCCAAUAUACCAGACUCCUCACGCAGCUGAUCCACGACCACAGACAGACUCCACUGAUCCUAUUCAGGCCUCCAUGUCCCUUAAAGAGCAGCCACCAUCUACGGUGCUCCCUCCUGCCUCCCAAACCCAGAUGAUCCAGCCUGGAUCCAAACCCUUGCACAGCAGUGGCAUCAAUGUCAAUGCAGCCCCAUUCCAGUCCAUGCAAACGGUGUUCAACCUUAAUGCGCCUGUCCCACCAGCUAAUGGUACGGACUCAAUGAAGCAGGCCAGCCAAUACCAGAGUACCUACAGCCAGGGUUUUAAUAACCAGACGCAGCACCCUGUGGAGGAUACAGACAUGCCGCCAGAGCAGCUCCAAUCCGUUGGCGCCUUCCAUUCUCAAGACCAGUCACUCCCUAACUCUACUGGCCCCCAGCCCAUGUCCCAGCCGUCAGGUGGCCACGGCAAUGGGUUCAGCCGCCAGACUCAGUCCUUCUACAACAGAAGAGGGAUUUCUCGUGGAGGUCCACGGUUCGCACGUGGUAUGAUCAAUGGCUACAGAGGAACAUCCAGUAGUUUCAGAGGAGGAUAUGACGGUUAUCGCCCAGCCUUUUCCAAUUCUGCAAACUCUGGAUAUGGACAAACCCAAUUCAGUACGCCGCAGGACUAUUCCAACAACUAUCAGCGGGAUGGUUACCAACAGAACUAUAAACGUGGUGCUGGCCAAGGGGCUCGAGGGGUCUCUCGAGGAAAUGCUCCAGCCAUGCGGUCUUAAGCCUUGUGGACUGAGCUUACAUCUGGACCACAGUGAACAUUCAGAUACUGAAGUGCAUUUGUUUGGGCUUUUUCACCCCCCUUCUCUCACCUUCCUGGAAUUGAUUGGACAACGUCGAUCCGGUUAUAUUAAAAUGGAGAAAAUGGUUCAAUGAUUCCGAAAGCAAGCUGAAAAAAAUUCAAGAUUUUAAAAGUACCGUUUCUAACAGAUACCUAUGAACUUGAAAGACUUAAUUUAUUUUUUUGAAGGAAAUAAAACUCAUCUGCCACAGCUGGUCCAAGAUAGGGAGUUCUCUUUCUGCCCCACUUUUCUGUUCACACUAAUUCGUAUUUGGUUCUAAAAUGUUUCUUUGUGGUACAUUUAAGAUGACUCAGUUUAUAAAGUGAUAUUGCUUCAGGAGUUUUAAUAAAGAUGUGUUGCAUUAAAUGCU